UUGGAACUUGCAAGCUCCCCCGACAAGCAAAUGGGGGCGACUGAGGUUCGUCCAAUCCACGCAACCUCGUGGUCAGUUACUUGCAUCGCGCACCCGUUUUUGAGUAAAAUUCACUUGUCGCGAGGAAUCAUUCCCGUUGGCCUCCAUAACAGCCUGGCGGGGACAAGGCGAGCCCAAGACGGACAUCACGCCAUCAAACCUGCAGGCCGCAGGGCAUCAUUACUUAGCCUUUGGGCUCAAUUGAACAAGCGAUUGCCUAAGCUAUCCAUAGCUACCGUACCUUAUUUUCAACGGUCGGGGCAAAAAAAAAAAAAAAAAAAAAAAGAAAAUAAAAAAAAGAGAAAAAAGAGCAAAGAAAAAGAAAACCGUUUGGCGGCUGGCGCCACUAUAUCACGACAUACAAUAAUCCUGGACCGCGACCCUCGCUAGGUAGAGCUCGAGCCCAGCUGCUACCUGUGCUUGAUCUCCAUCUAUUACUGCUCCAGGAAGGGUGCAUUCACGUGCGUACAGACCAGCAGCAGCCUGGUCCCUUCACAAACCAAAAACCCUGCCCGUCGCAGCCAAUAAUCCAUCAUGGGUCUAUUCGACGACGCCGCCUCGGCCAUGUCCGGGACCCAGUCCUCCUCCCGGAAGCACCGGUCAUCAUCGCACAAGCAUCACAAGAGCAGCAGCCGCCGCGACAGGUCCAGAUCGCGAUCCCGCUCCCCGGGCAUCGCUGCCAGCAUCUUCGGCGGCGGCGACUACAACAAGCGCAACUCGUCGCGGUCAUCCUUCUUUGGCCUGGGAGGAGACAGCCACUACCACAAGAACAACGCCAGCCGUGGUAGCUUUUUCAACCUAGGGAACUCUAGCCGGGGUAGCAUCUUUGGGUUCGGCGGUGGCCGCUCUCCAUCAUACUACAAACGUUCUCCGCGUCAAAACUUCAUGCAGCGCGCCUACAAGAAGCUCAAGCGUCUACUCCGCGACCUCGUCCACUACGCCAAGCGCCACCCCUACAAGGUCUUCAUGCUUGCCGUAAUGCCUCUCAUCACCGGCGGAGCCCUGACCGCGCUGCUGGCUCGGUUCGGGCUACGCAUGCCUCCGGCUCUCGAGGGCAUGCUGGGUCUCGGUGCCAAGGCCAUGGCUGGCGACAGCAUAGGGCUUGUCGGCGAGGCCGUACGGAUGGCGAGUGGUGCCGGCGCUGGUGCGGCCAGCGUCAGCGUAGCCAGGGGUUGGGACGGUGAGCGAAGCUGGGAAAGGCGAACGGUAGACCGGGGUGGUGACGAUGACUUAUUAUACGGGGCACUGGGGAGCCUAGGGAGCUCGUUCAAUGGUGGUGGUAGCGGUGGAUGGAUGGGCAAUGUCGCCAAGAUGUUUUCCUGAACUGUGGUUUCUGAUAACUUGUGCUGUAUUUUUUGUCUUGUUUCUUGUUUGUUCGUCCCUUGUGCUAGGGUUUCUUGGCUAUAUUGGCGUUCCUGGGAUUAUCGCAGUCAAGCGCCUGAGUUAGCGGUAGACUUUUGGGUAAAUGGACUUUAUGAUCAUCAUAGUUUUUGUCUGUCCAGGCUUUCAAAUCGCAAGUCAUUUGCUUCCUGAGACAGUAUCUGUGCUAAUGUCAUCAGCAAGUUUCAGGUGUGAGAAGAUAGGGAGAGUCGACAAUAAUUAAAACAUGAAAUUCUG